GACAGAGCAGAUCUUACACUUCUACCACUAAACUAACAGUCUGCAUUUGAUGUUGGAAACAACAACAGCGGCAACCACAUGAACUAAUUCAUGGAAAUCUCUUAGGAUUUCAGGUGUAUAUUUGCUGGAGAAACAAGAAUCCAAAUUUCAAUUCAAGUCUUGAGUGAAAAAUGACUACAUCAGAUGCAAAUUCAACAACUAGCUCAGAAUCAUAUCAACAGCUCCAAAGGGCUACUUCGGCUCACUUUAGGAGUCCUUCCCUUCAUCUAUUGUCAGAUACAGAAGAGUCAAGAGAGAAAUACCUCAACCUUGGUGUACCUCUUUAUAAAGCAGCAUUGAAAGGUGAUUGGAAAGCAGUUAAGCACAUCAUAGAACAAGAUUCAGCGCUGCUGACCGCGGCCAUUACAAAGGGUUGGUUAACAGUUCUUCAUGUAGCAGCAGGAGCAAACCAUGUCCACUUGGUAGAGGAGUUGGUGAAAUUAAUGAACGAGAGUGACUUGGAGCUCCAAGACUACAAAGGGAACACUGCCUUCUGCUUUGCUGCUGCUUCUGGGAACACAAAAAUUGCUGAAAUAAUGUGGCAAAGAAAUACACUCUUGCCAACAAUUAGGGGUGGACAAGGAGUGACACCUGUAGUCAUGGCUGCUUUACAAGGGAAAAGUGCAAUGGCAUGGUAUCUAUACCCUAAAACUUUUGAAAUGUUUGGAGAAUUGGAUUGGAUUCUGCUGUUCUUCAUUUCUAUCAACACUGGAAUUUAUGAUUUAGCCUUGGAACUGCUACGAAGGAGGCCGACAUUAGCCUUAGCUCAGGAUGGAAACAAUGGCACAGCUUUGCAUGUCUUAGCUCGAAAACCUUCAAAUUCUGGUCACCAGAGUUCAUCAUAUCAAAAACAAAUCAUGAAGUCCUGUGUGAAGCAAAAUCUGGUCAUUGAGCUUGUUAGGAAUAUUUGGAAACAAAUUCUUCUUCUAGAUGAGUUGAGCAUGAUGAAAGUCAUAAGGGAACCUUCACAAGUUAUAUUCGAUGCCGCUGAAGUUGGAAAUUUUGAGUUUCUAGAAGAGCUUUUGAGCUCUUACCCUGAUUUGAUGAUGGAAAAGGAUAGCAGAAACCGAAGUAUAAUUCACCUCGCUGUUUUGCAUCGUCAUGCCAGUAUCUUCAAUCUCAUUCAUGAAACUGGCCCAAACAAGGAUUCCAUAGUUUCUUCCCUGGAUAGUAAUGAUAAAUGCAAUUUAUUGCAUUUUGCUGCAAAAUUAGCACCACCAGACCGACUUGACUUGGUUUCAGGAGCAGCUUUUCAGAUGAUGCUUGAGCUGUUAUGGUUUGAGGAGGUGAAGAAGAUAAUGCAACCAUCAGCGAUAGAGAUGAAAAACUCUGAAGGCCUGACUCCUAGCGAAUUAUUCACCGAAGAACACGCAAAAUUGCUAAAAGAAGCUGAGUCUUGGAUGAAGGGAACUGCAAAAUCUUGCAUGGUUGUUUCAACACUGAUUGCCACAGGAGUAUUUUCUGCUGCAUUCACCAUUCCCGGAGCCAACAACAACGAAACAGGAACACCAAACUAUUUGGAGAAACUGCCAUUUCUGAUAUUUUCUAUAUCAGAUGUGUCUGCACUUAUUUCAUCCUCAACCUCCAUCCUCAUCUUCCUCUCCAUCCUUAUCUCACGUUAUGCAGAAAAAGACUUUCUCAAGUCACUGCCAUUGAAGUUGGUAUCUGGGCUCAUAGCACUGUUCAUCUCCGUCAUGAGCAUGAUGAUAGCUUUUAGCAGUGCCUUCUUUGUAACGUAUUAUCAUGGUGUCAAGUGGGUCCCUUGCUUCAUUUCAGUACUUGCAUUCGUUCCGAUACCCUUGUUCUUGUUCCUUCAAUUUCCUCUCGGGUUUGAUAUACUCUAUACCAAAUACUUCUGUAGGUCUCUGUUUCGACCAAAUAAACAUAUACUUUACUAGUUACUCGACUCAAUUCUGUGUAUGCAUGUUUAAGUAAUGAAGUUAUUUA